GAAAAGAGCAAGACGACAAAUGCUUCCUCAUUGAUAACGCAGUCUCUUACGUGGACCAUAACCUGAGGAUUAAUUUUCUCUGAUUUUCUACGCCUACGAAAUACACGCCUUUAAGUAGGCUAUAUAGACUACUUACAUACAACAACGCGGGACAUACAGCCCUACUUAUUUUAGUUAGCAUAUUUGUCGUGACGACUGAGACAUAUAGCCUAAUUCAACAACAGAUUUCAGUUUGACUACAUCAUGGAACAAGUGAUGCCACUGUCAGCUGGUUUUCGCUCUUCAUUAAAACGUCAGACCGCCAUUGACAUGUACGACCAUAUGUCAUUGUUUUCUGGAUAUCUCCGGCCAGGAGAUGACGACCAGUCAGUCCAAGAGGUUCCCUCUGGCUUUGACUGUAUUACACAUGACAUGGAGCCAUGUACUGUACCACUGCUUACUCCAUGUAGCAAAGCCGUCAUGAGUCAGGCACUGAAGGACAGUUUUAAUGGGUUUGCCAAGGUGCAACGCAUCUGUGGGAUCUCAAACAACCCGCGCAAGUGGAGCAAGCAGCAUGUCAUGAAGUGGUUGCACUGGGCAUCUACUGAGUUUAGCCUCACAAAUGUUAACUUCUUCAAGUUUGACAUGGAUGGCCAAGACCUUUGCAACCUUGGAAAAGACAACUUCCUAGAGCUAGCCCCUGACUUUGUCGGUGAAAUUCUCUGGGAACACUUGGAUCAGAUGAUGAAAGAUUGUCAUGAAAGGGUUGAGCAGACUGUCUUUGCUCAGGCAGCACAAGCAGUUCCUAACUGGAUGAGCAAAGGCAAUGUUGAAGGCUUUGGAUUGGAGGAUGGCCUGUGUUCACUUCAGGUACCUGAUAACAGCUUACUGAGGGGGCUGUUUGAGACUUCAGAUGAAACAACACUAACAAAGGACCAGGAGUACUCCAUGUUUCCCAAACCCCGGCUGAGCACUGUGAAUAUUGGUUAUAUCAAAAGCAGGCAGAAGUACACAGUGGGCGCCAUCAGACCUGGCAUCUCAGAACACGUUUCAUCACAUGAUCAAAGCUCAGUGGAGAGUGUCGACAGCUUUGAAGGUGGUGCCGAGUCCAUGUUACGCUCAUGGGGCAGUCAGUCAUCUCUGGCAGACAUGCAGCGUGUUCCCUCACAAGACAGCUUUGAUGACGAGUACUCUGUAGCUCCAUUUGGUGUGGGAAAGCAGGGGCUUUCUUUUAAAGACUACGUUUUGGAAAGGAAUGAGCCCAUUGAGCAGGGUAAACCUGUAAUACCCGCAGCUGUGUUGGCUGGAUUCACAGGCAGUGGUCCAAUCCAGCUAUGGCAGUUCCUGCUAGAGCUGUUGACAGAUAAAGCAUGCCAAACCAUCAUUAGCUGGACGGGUGAUGGAUGGGAGUUUAAGCUCAUUGACCCUGAUGAGGUGGCUCGGCGCUGGGGACGAAGGAAAAACAAACCUAAGAUGAACUACGAAAAACUAAGCCGAGGCCUGCGCUACUAUUAUGACAAGAAUAUUAUUCACAAAACGCCUGGAAAACGCUAUGUGUACCGCUUUGUCUGUGAUCUCCAAAACCUACUGGGCUACUCAGCUGAGGACUUGCAUAUCAUGUUGGGGGUUCAACCUGACGCUGAUGACUGAGCAAGCUGGAGUGUUUCUCAGUGUUGAGCGAGGUGAUGAAGUUUUGACCCUCCAUGUGGAGAAAUUGGCUUCUUGAGCACCUCCAUUUCGUAGUUGGCGAGGUUCGUUGUUCUUAGGUCAGUGGGGGCACGAUGCUGUCAGUAGCUGACCAAGAGUUUCUUUAUUUGAUAAGAGUGGACCUCAAGCGUGGAAAUGCAUUGCUGUGCAAGCUCUGAUUAUGUGGAGCAUCCUGCCAUUUCCUUAAUUAACAGAACAGAAGUGAAGUUGAGGUGAUAAUAGAAUUAUAUCCGAAAUACUUAUGCACUGGUUGUGGUAGCACUGUAAAAUUGCUAAUUAAAUUAGCUACUGCUUAGUGUGAACUGGUGGCAAUUGUGUUCCAUAUCAGAGCGAUAUGAGGAAUAUCUUGAUAUCUUGGUAUAACAGCAUCUCCGUUGGAAAAACGGUAGGCCUAUGUUAUAUUGUUUCAUUCAGUGUGACAAUGUAAUUACGUAUUUGGUUCUUAAAACGAUUUAGAAGCUCACUGUGGGUGUAUCAUCAACCCAAGAUUCUACUGGCCCGUCUCAGUUAGAAGUGUGGCACUGUCACCUUUAGCCAGGUCAAUGCAUGGUCCUCUGCGUCUUAUUAAAAUAAAUGAUUGCAAAUGGAAUGGCCUUAUUGUCAGUACUUUAAAACAGAUGCCUUGUAAUUCAUGUACUUUUGCUGUAGUUUAUCUUUGGGGAAUGUAGCCAAUUCACUGAGGCAUGAAUGCCACAAUUUUUUAUCGCUCAGGCCAAAGUGUGAUAUGAAUGUAUAAUGUCUGUUUUAUGAUUGCAUUUAGCUGUUUUUAAAACCAAAGCUGUCUAUCAUGAUCAGCAAAUGGUGUUCAGCUGGUGACAGGUUUGAGGAUAUUUCCUUAAAAAUUCGAAAUGAAAAUAUAAAUGAGAUGUGCCUCAGACUGUUUAUUAUACUGCUCUAAGCUAAGUUUUUGAAAUAUUUUGUUUUAUUUCUUUAUAUUUGUAUUUUGGAUCUUAAGCCACAAACCUUGUGUACAUUUGCUGCUUUGCUUUUAAUGGGAUGUUUGUAAACAUCACAUUUUCCUGACUACAGAAAUCCUUAAAUCUGAUAGUGAGCACUAUGUGAGAUUGCUCUGGCAAUCAUUUGAAAUCUGUUUCUAGUACUACAUAUUUGCAUGUAAUGUCUUACACUUGGAUGCACAAUUUAUUUAUAUGGUUGCAGAAUAGUCAUUUGACGCCAUAUAAAAUGCUAUGAAUGUAUUACUAAAUGCCACCAGUUUGGAUUUUUAGAUUUUUAAUUAACUCUGAACCAUCUGUCCUCAGAACAUAUGUGGACUUUGUCUAUGUAAUGUUUGUCCAUUUAAAAUUGAGACCGUUGUAUUGGAAAAAAACGAGAACUGUUUCCUGCUGUGUUUUUAUAAAGCGCUAUUUUUAUAUGAACUGUUUUAUUAUUUUUGUGUGAGUAUUAAACCAUUGGAAUAUUUAAAAUAUUUUUUUGUAGAAGUACCACAAAUUGAUGUGGAAACAAGAGGAAGAUAGUUCUGCAGAUCUUUUAUUUAUUUUGUCUUACUGAAUGUGAGCCUGUGGCAGAAUCCCUAUAUUACAUAACUAUUUGUUUUACUGCUGUAUCUUAGUGUAGUAAGAUUGGUUCACUCUUAUCAACUGUGAUGUUGUGUAUAAUGCAAGUCAGUAAAUAUAUCUGUAUCCAUAUGCGAACAGAAGCCAUACUUUACAGCUCCAACUGUGAUUACGUAAAAUAUUUUCUGACGCAAAUUAUUGACAAAUGUAUGCCUUUCAUAAUUAUAUCCAAUGAAUUUAAUUGGAGCCAAGUCAAGAAGCAUCUUACGGAGAAUGCUAGAAAUAGGAUGCACCAUAGAUUUUUAUUUGUAAUAAAUGUACAAAACACUCAAAAAAGCUGGUUUUACUUACCGUUGUGGUUUAUUGUGUGUACUGUUUAUUGAUGAGAGAGAGAAAAAAACAUUUCAUUAAUUUUAAGAAGAGUGUGAAACAUUUAAAACGAGUCUGAGAGUGCUCUGAAAUCCCUGGUGGAGAUGUAAAAGGGGAGAUUCUGAGGGA